UUUCACCUCAGUUGGAGAUUAUCAAGCAAAUAGACAUGACGAAAAGUAAAUUUUUAUUCAGUGUUGGAGCACUAUUAUUUCUAAUUUCUAUAUUUAAUUCGGGUACAGCCAAUAAAUUUGAUGGAACUGAGCUGUACAGGGUGUCGCCGGAAUCAAGUUCGCAUUAUGACGCACAUAUUGCUUUGGUGAAAUUACGUGAGAAGCGCGACGCACCGACAAUUUAUGCUAAAAAUCAGUAUGAGAGUGUGCCACAGAAUGCAAAUGCGACGAUCGGUGAUGUCAAAAAACCAGUGGAAACCGCCGCACCAUCGAAUAUAUCAUCGAUUGUGGUGCCAUAUAAAGCAGCCGACAUGCCCCUGCUAGGCGUAAACGGUACUGGCCAGCGGAAGGAUGCAGGCUUACAGUUGUCACAGCCAAAGACUACGAUUGUUUCCGCUUCCAUUCAGCCAACGGUAGGUGCUGCGGCUGCCUUGCCAACGGUAGCUAAAAAUUCCACAUUAUUGCAGGAAUCUAAGGCCAUUGAUCUGCCGACUGAAACGCCAGAAGAAAAAGUUAUAGAUAACGUUGAUGUGCCUGAUAACGAAACUCUCAGUGAAAUCCAAAAAACUAAUUACACAGUCAAUUCUACCAAUGACCACCACAUCUACUAUAACAGCUCCAUUUAUGUCGACCAGGCAGAAGCAGAUCGAGUAUGGGAAUCUGUCAAGAACUCUACAUUCAAUUCCAUGCUCUCGCAAUCCCAUCGUCGUGCUAUGACUGUCGAAUUGAGCUUCGACUUCCCCUUUUAUGGUCAUCCCGUUCGAAAUAUUACGGUAGCGACUGGCGGCUUCCUCUACACUGGUGAUUAUGUGCACUCUUGGCUAGCGGCAACGCAGUAUAUUGCACCGUUAAUGGCUAACUUCGACACAAGUUUAUCAAAUGAAUCAUUUGUUCGCACUAGGGAUAACGGCACUGCCUUCACUGUAAUUUGGGAGAAAGUUUCGCUGCAAGACAAAAAAGACGUAGGAAAGUUCACCUUUAGCGCAACGCUCCAUAAAAAUGGCAAUAUUGUUUUCAUUUACUACUAUGUUCCAAUCGAUAUUAAUGCCAUUCAAGACGAUAAGCAUCCCGUUAAAGUGGGUCUUUCUGACGCUUACAUAAUUGACAAGACCGUUUUCUACACACGCAGGAAAACUAUUUAUGAAUAUCAUCGCAUAAAUUUGUCUAAUAAUGGCAUAUCGAAUGCAACUAUCAUUUACUUACAAGCCCUUCCGACUUGCCUAGAUUAUAAAGACUGCGCAGCCUGCAUAAAUCACAAGACUUCAUUUGAUUGCGCAUGGUGUCCAACGCUAAAUAGGUGUUCAACCGGCACAGAUCGUAAAAAGCAAGAGUGGCAACAUAAAGGAUGUGAUCGUACUCAAAUCGUUGAUAUAUCUGCGUGCCCUGCCCUUGGUCAGAAAGGUAACAAUGCAAUGGACAGCGGCAACACUAAUGCCAGUACGAACACUACUCCAACGAAUGUGCCCACUGAAAAUGUUAACAACAACCAACAUGAAAGCAGCACGCACGUAAGUGACACGAAUAGCGUAACGGUUACUCCAGUGCAUGAUGACAACCAUGCGGCGAAAGUAACGAAUGAAGCUUUGGAAUCACACGCCGAGCCGAAAAGUAUGGGGUUGGCUCUUGGUUUUUUGGUGCCCAUCUGCCUAGUGCUAACAGUCGUGCUAUGGGUGUUUUAUGCGUACAGAAAUCCACACACUAAAAGCGGUCAACUUCUUAUUCAGUCAAAGCACUUGCAUCAGUACCGCCCAAGUCAAUGGUCAUGGAGACGUGGUGAGGCGCGUUACACAGCGGCAACGAUUCAUAUGUAAUGUAUUUAUAAAUGUCCCACCCUUUUCUCAGCGUCAUAGAAUGCUUCAAAAGCAUCUUCAAAUGCUGCUGCAUGUUUUGAGCAAGUUAGACAUUUCGUUAAUUAAGUUAAAUUUUUAUCUCUGUACUUUUAUUAAUAACUUUAUGAAAUCUAUUGGUACUAUAGUGAAUGUAUUCAGAAGAAAAUAUCGUUUAUUUGUGUUUUAUUGCAUUGCACCGUGAUCAACAAUUUACUUUCCACUAAAUCAGUUUCAACUUUAGAGGGAACACGCUUUAAAGAUAACUAAAAUGUAAAACACAGAAAAGUAUAUUUGAAAAGACAACUUCUGCUUACAAGCGUGACAACAUAUGAGGUAAAUUACAACUAAGAUGAUGUUGCAGAGUAUAUAUAUAUAUUUCAAUUCUAAAAUCAUUUCUACUGUAGGUAAAUGCUUUCUGUACUGUCUGUUUUAUUAAAAUAUAUAUAUAUAAAUUUUACAAAGCGAACCUGCGCUAAAUUGUAUAAAUAAACUUAUUUUAAUUCUCGUUCGUAGAUUUGUAAUGUUUGUUUAAAUAUUUUUAACCUUACUUUUAAACAAUUUGUUUUUAUUUAAUUUUUUUGCAUUAUUGUGAAUAUAUUUUAAUAAAAUUAUCAACUCUUCUCUUAUCUAACAUUGGUUAUGCACAGUUUUUAAUAUCAAGCAGAUAUGCCGUAUUUUAAACAUAAUAAUUUUUAAAACCACUACUAUAUAAGGAAAAAAAGAAUGCGAUAAAUAAACAGUGUUAAUGACUUAGGGUCAGCUUUCAGUGCAAUUAUAACAAAGCGUGUGUACAGUCAUGACUGAAAUCAAUUUGUGACUCAUGUUUUCAAGUUGCAUUAUGGAAGUAUUUGCCUUUAGCAAAAAAAAAAAAUGUUAAAAAUAAAAACAAAGUGAUUGCCUGCAGAAAGUAUAAAAGCAGCAUUGAUUAUACAUUCAGAGAGAGUGAUUAAUGUGGCUGUUUCAAAGCUUUCUUGAAUUCUUUGAAAUACAUUUAAUUCAACAAUUUAACUACAAAUUUUAUUUGGUGAUGUGUAAUAAAAAUAAUUUAUAAGGUUCAAAUUAUAUUUCGUAAAUUCGGAGCACCGAAAGCAAUGAUCCGAAAAUUAAAAAUUUGGUCUCAAUGGAUUUUUUGGUCUGUAAUAUUCUUUAUUUCCAUACAAUGAUCCUUAUUUUCAUAAAUUAAAAGUACUUCUGUAAUGCAAUUAUGGAAUUCGUAAGAGUGUUACAAUAAUUCUUCAGCUAAUGGCGAAGUAAGACUAGCGACGGUUUUCGCAAGGAAAAGCAGGCAGAUUUUUGUAGCGUAUUCAUCGCUUAGUGAAGACGAGUUAUUUUAUUUAAUUUUCCCCAUAUUCUUAAUAUUAUAUUAUUGCAAUAAAAAUAAAUUAUGAAAAUUAGUAAAAUGUCGUUAGUUGCCGAAUAAUUAUGUGUAUCCAAAAACAGUCAUAUCAAAAACAUUUUGCCGUCAAAUGGUUAACUAUUGCAUUUUUAAAUGUGUGUGGUUUUGUGUCUAAAAGUAGAAAUUCAUGUAACGGUAAAAAUGUUAACACACUUGAUAUCGGUUUUUAUUGCCAUGAAAGAAAACCAGAUCUAAAAUCAUUUUGAUCAAAUAAUUGCUCGUAUGAGUGGUUUCUAUAGACAUUAUUGUCCAACAAUGCCACCAUUAAUGCGCCCACUGAGUAAAAAAUUAAACUGAAAUUCUAAUAUAUCCCGAAUACGAAAAUAAAUAUUUUCACUAAAAGCAAUUCGUCACUUAGUGUUAGCAAACAAUAUUUUGAAAAACAACAAUGUAUAGUAUAUAAAA